UUUAUUUUGAAUGCUCAAAGCGGAAACGCCGGAAUGAGAGUCGAGCACCAACUUUCUGAAAGGACGACAGAAGAAAGAUGGCGGCAGCGUUACGAGUCGCGGUGCACUCGGGCAGCGGGAGAACCCUCCUGCGCACCCCGAAAACCAUCACCACACCGAAGGCCAACAUGUCGUUCGCCAGCCUGCCUCGUGGGCAGAAGACGGCACUGACGGCGCUGGGCGUGGCAGGCGCCGGAGUGGCCGGCCUGGCACUGGCGCUGCACCACUCGGUUAAAGCCUCGGAACUGGAGCUCCAUCCGCCCAACUACCCCUGGAGCCAUGCCGGGCCGCUAUCCUCCCUGGAUCACGCCAGCAUUCGUCGUGGCUACCAGGUGUACAAGCAGGUGUGCUCAGCUUGCCACAGCAUGGAGUACCUGGCCUUCCGCAACCUGGUGGGAGUCUCGCACACCGAGGAGGAAGUCAAGGCCAUCGCCGAGGAGGUGGAAGUGGUGGAUGGUCCCGACGAGACAGGCGAGAUGUUCACCCGGCCCGGCAAGCUCUCGGACUACUUCCCCAAGCCGUACCCCAACCCCGAGGCGGCCCGCGUGGCUAACAACGGCGCCCUGCCGCCUGACCUCAGCUACAUCAUCAACGCCAGGCACGGAGGCGAGGACUAUGUGUUCAGUCUGCUGACGGGCUAUUGCGAGCCCCCUGCCGGCGUGGCCGUGAGGGAGGGACUCUACUACAACCCUUACUUCCCCGGACAGGCCAUUGGCAUGGCUCCGCCCAUCUACAACGAGAUUUUGGAGUACGAUGACGGAACCCCCGCCACCAUGAGCCAAGUGGCCAAGGACGUGUGCACCUUCUUGAGGUGGGCGUCAGAACCCGAGCACGACCAGCGCAAGCGCAUGGGCCUCAAGCUUCUGAUGGGCGGAGCCAUUUUGUUGCCGCUUCUCUACUACAUGAAACGACACAGGUGGGCGGUACUCAAGAGCAGAAAGAUCGCCUACAGGCCGCCCAAAUAAGGCAGAGGGAGGAGCAGCGAUACGUGACAAACGCUUCUUUCCAUCGUGUUUAUUACACAAGCAAAAUAGGUAACAAAGUCCUGGUGUCAACAUCUGAUGGCUAUUUUUUCGUUUGUUAAAUACUCAACCACGCCUCUGUUUUACUGUACAAAAUAAAUUAUAUCAAACAAA